UUUUGAGCUUACGCCGAAUUGCGGUGUUUGUUUUUCAAUUUUGUGAGUUUUCUUUUUCAAAUUCUUAGAAAAUUUGCGAUGAAAUGAUGCAAUAAUAAUUAUCAAUUGAAAUUGUAACUUUUUAUUCGACUCAUAAUGGCAGCAUUACUGAAGAAACGUGCUUUGGCCGAGUACACUCAAGUUAUUGAAGAGCCACAAGUGAAGAAAUACAAAUGUGUAUUGAAGCCUUCAAGCAGUAGCAGUACAGCUUUUGCGUUCAUUUCAUUAUUGGAAACGAAAAAUACGAGCCAUGACGUACUCCAAGUUCUACUUCGAAUGUCCGAAGCUCCUAAUUUCCACGAAGAAGAGGUUCCUGAAGCUAUUAGAAAAUUGAGCGAUCACUUUCGCGAUGAAAAAGAUUCGGCCGUUCGAGUUAUUAUACUAUCAAUUUUCGCUGAUAUGGGAUUACUUCGCGAUAUCAGUUCACAAAUUAUACAAAAUAUCAUCGAAGAAACUCUGAUUUUAUUGAAACACGAAACAUCUCAUCAAGUAUUGAGCCAAGGAUUGUCAACAUUAUUGCGUUUAGCGAAGAAGCAACCGUAUAAUCACACGUUACAUCUGAAAUUAAUACAGCAGGCGAAAGAUCUUUUGACUGAUACCAGUCCUUCGGUGAAAUGCAGAUGUUUCGAUAUAUUCGGCGAAUUGUUGCCUAUCAAUGUCUUACAAGAUACCACAUUACAAAAUCAAAUUUUAAAAUUAUUGGGAGAUUAUAUUCAUAAUGAAGAUGCUAGAACCAGAAGCCGUUCGUUUCAGAAUAUGUUGACGCUUCAUAAUAGAGGUUUGAAGUUAGACCCAUCUAUUUAUUCUGAAGUUUGCGUAGCUUUGAAGGAUGAUUACGAAAAUGUUCGAGUUGUGGCAUUAAAGUUGAUAUGGACCCUUGGAGUUACUUACCCUGAGAAUAUCGUGAAGUCAUCGAAUAGCGACGAAGAAAUUCGUCUAAUCGACGACGCUUUCGGUAACAUUUCCAACUGCAUUACUGACCUUUCGAUGCGCGUUCGUACUGAAGCUGCACAGUUGCUAGGAACAAUGACGCAAGUUAGCUUACCUGUUUUACUUCAAACGUUGGAUAAACGAUUGAUGGCGGAUAUGAGAAAAAAGAAAUCGGCUCAUGAACGAGCUAUUGAAAGUGUCACCGGAGGUACUUGGGUAAGAGGAAAAGGCUAUACUCAAGAUAAAGCUAAAGAACAAUUGGACGAAGACGAAGUUAAUAUUAUGAAAUCUGGUGCAUUUGGCGCUUUCGUACAUGGCUUAGAAGAUGAAUUUCUUGAAGUUCGAAGUGCAUCGAUUGAUUCGAUAUGCUCAUUAGCGGUACAUCAGCCUAAUUAUGCAGUCGUAGCUUUGGACUUUUUAGUGGACAUGUUCAAUGACGAUAUCCAAGAAGUACGAUUGAAAGCUAUUGACAGUUUAUGCAAAAUGUCGAAUCAUAUUGAAUUUCGAGAAGACCAACUGGAAAUAAUUUUGGGUUUAUUAGAGGAUUCAUCAAUGGAUGUUCGCGAAGGAUUACAGAGAAUUUUAGCGUCGUGUCAUUUUGUGACCAAAGAUUGUUUACAGAUGUGCGUUAGUACUUUAUUGGACAGUUUGAAGAAAUAUCCUCAAGACCGUAAAUCUAUUUGGAACUGUUUUCAUAAAAUGGGAUCGUUGCAUGCCACUUUGGCUUUACCUUUGGUACCAGAACUGCUCGCUAUUCAUCCGUUCUUCGAUACUCCAGAGCCAAAUGUUGACGAUCCAGCAUAUGUCAGUAUUUUGCUGUUAAUUUUCAACGCUGCUCAACACUGCAGCACUAUUAUUCAGUUAUUGGAAGAAAAAACGAUCAAACAUUAUAGCUACAUUCGAGACACAAUGCCCCACUUGGUUCCUUACUUGCCACUCAGCAGUACUUUAACUUCAGUGGAAUUGAAGACGGUCCCAACAGCUACAGCCAAAUUUCUCGAAACAAUGCUGAAAAGAAUAGAACACGCUGAAAAUUCUCGAGUGUUGAUUAGCCUACUCGAAGUAGCGGAGAAAGAUUUACUACGACUAUCAAAAAUUGACACCGAAGUCGCUGGUACUGCUAGAUUCAAUUCUUUAUACGUCAGCAGUCAGUUACUCUUCUCUAGAAUCAUCAAGAAUAAGCUGUGGUGCACUCCUGUUCCGCUGGAACAACAAAAACUUGGAAAAAAAGCAAUCGGCAAAUGUCUAAAAAACGCCAUCAAGAUGCAGCAUUUAUUCGUGGGAUUAACUAAAAGCGAUUUGGCUGCGGUCAAGCAGUUUAAACUGAAAGCAUUGGCAUUAUUAUUGGUAUACAUCGUGAAAGCUACCAAUCAGUCUGCGAGAGCCUUAUGUCACCAGUUUCUCUCUCAAGUCGAUGAAAUAAACAAAUAUUUAAUCGAAGAAGACGUUACUCCCGAACCUUUUACAAACGCUGUGGUGAAAGAAUUAUCAAUGUUGGAAGAAGCUAAACCCGGUUCAGUAUCCAAAGUUUUGGUACCAUAUUUAGAAAAUUCAAAACCCACGUCACCUCCUAAACUUAACAUGAAUAUCAAAAUGUGCAACGCUGUAAUAAAUUCCCCUGCUGGAGGACCUGACACUACGUAUAAAUUCACCGCUGGAUUAGUCAUGUCGAUACCAUUGGACGCUGAAAUAUCGCAUUUACACUCCACCAAACCUUUACGUUUAAGGUUAAAGUAUCCAGAUCAACAAACCCAUCUUAUUGUACCCAGAGUUGAUCAUCUUAGACCAAAUCAGUUCUAUUCUGAUAAGAAUCACAUGUAUAGAUUGGUUACAACUGCUUUGAUAUCGCAUCAAGUGUGGUCAGAAGCGUGUUUUGUCGAACUUAGCCUGGUUUUAGAUUUAACUGAUACAGAAGGAGGAGCAUUUAAUCAUUCAUUGCAUCCUGUGAAUCAUUUGUGCGUUAUCAAUUUAUGUAAACCUGUGCAAUUGCACGUUCUACCCAAAUCUGUUAAACGUGGAAUUUAAUAUGUAUGUAUACGUGUAAUGGGUAUGCAUAAGAUGUAAUAUAUUCUCAAUUGUAAAAAUUUUAGUAUAAAAUUUGAGAUCAGAA